AUGAAAACAGAAUGGUCUAUUGAGAAUCAUGCAUCCACAAUAUUUACUGAUGGUGCAUUCAAGGAAAUUCAAGAACAGAUUCUGGAGACUUAUAACCACUGCAGUCUGGUAUCAAUAUCUAAUGAUUCAAGUCCAGAGGUUUACAAGGUUGUAGAUCAUUUUUCAAACAUAUGGUCUGUCACAUUAUCUGUGGAGGAUUCUGUUUGUCUAUGUGGUUGUAAGAUGUUUUCUAGGACUGGUCUUGUAUGCUGCCACAUCUUCCUUGUGUUGAAGAACAAAAAAUUGCGAUUGAUUCCUGAGUAUCUGAUUGGAGGUCGAUGGUUGAAAUCUCCUCUGCUUAAGGUUGUUCAUGCCGUCCAAAACCCAGAUGUAGCAACGCAUGUUUAUGUUGAUGAGAAGAUGGCCCAAGCAAUUUUGUUGGGAGAGAUGUUGGUGCGUGAAGCUCGACAACAGAUUUUUGUCGAUGGGGUUGUAACGUCUACAGCCCAGAAGAAGAAAAUAAUGGAUGAAUUUUAUGGGGCUGAGGCACCCCAGGAAGUAGAUGUACAUCCACCUGAAGUCGUUAGCACGAAGGGAUGUGGUAGUAGACUCCCUUCAAGAGUCGAGAAGGCUUUGAAGCUUAAGAGCAAGCCUAUGCGUCAAUGCAAGAAAUGUCAGGAGUGGGGUCACCACGAUUCAAGGAAUUGCGACAAAUUUAAAGAGAAAGAAAAGAUGCGGUCCAGAAGAAAUUCUGAUGUUUGA